ACCCUGGUAGUACAUAACACAUCGUGCGAUUUUAAACAUGGCAGCCUCUGCCGGGUCGCGAUCUUCCACGAGUAACAACACUGGUAUGGAGGGUUUCCCUUUCCCCGUGGUUAACAGACCAACAGAGGACAGUACGAGUAAAGAUCAGACCACUACCGGAGAACCGAAAAAGAAACCGUGCCGAGCGUGUACGGAUUUUAAAUCAUGGAUGAAGUUGCAGAAACAGACGUCCUCAGUCUCAGUGCAGGAGAGCAGGGCGGUGGAGGAAACUAAGCCUGUCGAAUGCCCUCUGGACAGAGAGGAACUGGGCAGGAGCUCAUGGUCUUUUCUUCACACUAUGGCUGCAUAUUAUCCAGACACACCGACCACAGAACAACAGGGGGAGAUGACACAGUUCAUCAACCUCUUCUCAAAGGUUUUCCCAUGUGAUGAAUGUGCAGAGGACCUGAGAUCAAGAUUGAAAUCAAAUCAUCCAGACGCUAGCAGCCGGCACAACCUCUCACAGUGGCUGUGUCGCCUCCAUAAUGACAUCAAUAUCCGGUUAGGCAAGCCGGAGUUUGACUGCAGCAGGGUGGAUGAGCGAUGGCGAGAUGGCUGGAAAGAUGGUUCUUGUGACUGAAAAUGUCCAACACAGUCAUGAACUAAAUAUAGUCACAUACUGAUUCUGUGGACCUGUCAUUUUUGUUGCAACAAAUACGACCUGUAGGGCCAUUCAGGAGUCAUGCAUAAACAUAUACAUGUUGACUUUGCACUUAAAGGGUUAGUUCACCCAAAAAUGAAAAUUCUGUCAAUAAUUACUCACCCUCAUGUCGUUCUACACCCUAAAGACCUUCGUUCAUCUUCAGAACACAAAUUAAGAUAUUUUUUUGCCAGCAAGAUCAUUUACACUUUCAAGCACCCAGAAAGCUACUAAAGACAUAUUUAAAACAGUUCAUGUGACUUAAACCCUAAUAUUUAAGGUUGAAGCUUUACGAAUCUUUUGUUUCGAAUCAGUGGUUCAGAGCGCCAAAAUCACAUGAAUUCAGUAAACGAGGCUUUGUCACAUAAGUGUUUUGAAACUUAAAUAGUUCACGUGACUUUGGCAGUUUGAUACGUGCUCCGAACCACUGAUUCCAAACAAAAGAUUUGUGAAGCUUUGAAGCUUCAUGAAGCAGUGUUUUAAAACCGCCCUUCACUAGAUAUUGUUUAAUAUAGUUGCUAUUUUGUUUUUAUGGUGCACAAAAAGUAUUCUCGUCACUUUAUAAUAUUAAGGUUGAACUGUUUUAAAUAUGUUUUUAGUACCUUUCUAGGCAUUGAAAAAGGAAAUUAACUUGCUGGCAAUAGAGGCCUCACUGAGCCAUUGGAUUUCAUCAAAAAUAUCUUAAUUUGUGUUCUGAAGAUGAACGAAGGUCUUACGGGUGUAGAACGACAUGAGGGUGAUUAAUCAUGUUAUUUUCAUUUUUGUGUGGACUAACCCUUUAAACAUUGUUCUAACUGAUAUAAUUUUUUAUUAAUAUACAAAUGUCUAAAUUGUGCUUUUAAUCAGUAGUUUGUCUGUCUACAAGACUAUGGUGUUACAGCCCAUACUUUUUUUGAAUGAGCUCUUGAUGGAUGUAAAUAGCCCAGAGGUAACUGGAUGAACUCUGUUCCACAGAUAGAAAUAAAAAUGUUCUAUUUGUUUAGA